GGGCGUUCAUAGUCAUGUUCACAGGGUUCACAGCUCACGCUUUUGUGACAGGUCCAUGAGAGCUCUGGGGUCUCUCUGCUGUAGACUCAGCAUCCCUAUCUUUAUAAUUGUGGGGCUUUCGUGCGUGUAGUAGGUUACCGGUGUCCGGGCUGUGAUGGAGCGCUGGAGGGGCAGAGUGGCUCUGGUGACCGGAGCCUCGGCUGGGAUUGGAGCGGCUGUGGCAGUAGAGCUGGUCCGGCUCGGAAUGAAAGUAAUGGGCUGCGCCAGGGACGUCGAAAAGAUUCUGAAACUGGCAGCAGAGUGUCAGAGUGCCGGCUACCCUGGUGUUUUGGUGCCUUUCAAGUGUGACUUGACCAAAGAAGAGGAGAUUCUGGCCAUGUUUGCAGCAAUCAAAGAGCAGCACAAAGGCGUGGACGUCUGCAUCAACAAUGCUGGCUUGGCUCAUCCAGAAUUGUUGCUAAACGGCAAAACCAGUGGCUGGAAGAACAUGAUGGAUGUAAAUGUUCUUGCUCUCAGUAUCUGCACACGCGAAGCGUAUCAGUCGAUGAAAGAGAGAAAUGUGGAUGAUGGACACAUCGUAAACAUAAACGGCAUGUGCGGACAUCGUGUAGUUCCCAAUCCUGUUCUGCAUUUCUACACCGCCACAAAGUAUGCUGUAACCGCACUGACGGAGGGCCUGAGGCAGGAGCUGCGUGCAGAAAAGAGCCAUAUCCGAGCCACAUGUAUUUCUCCUGGUUUGGUGGAGACAGAAUUUUUGUCACGGUUCUACAAAAACAAUCCUAAUAAAGCAGCUGGUGCAUACUCUGCAUACAAGUCUCUGGAAGUAACAGAUGUUGCCAAUGCUGUUACGUACGUGCUCAGUGCCCCUCCUCAUGUUCAGGUGAUUUUUCUCUUAUUUUUAUGCCUUACUCUUUUUCUUUCCGUGGAAAUGAAGCAAGAGGUCGCAAUCCAUUGCCUGAAGGUGUAUCUGAAAGAGAAGGAAGAGGAUCUCUUCAGAGAACAGCUGUCCUAG